UGCUAUACCACGUAGAUGUCACUUGCGUCGUUUUUGAAAGUAAAAUUCACUUUAGUUAUUAAAUUUCCCGCGAAGCAGGACGAUCGGGCGUCUCGGUGCUUCUCUUUCGCAUAUGUCCGUAUCUUUUCCGGAAUACUGAGCAACAUGAGUCGCGUUAGGACGAAGACCGUCAAGAAGGCGGCGAAAAUGAUCAUCGAAAAGUAUCAUCAUCGCCUGACUUUGGAUUUCCACACGAAUAAGAGGAUAUGCGAAGAGAUUGCUAUCAUUCCAAGCAAAUCUUUACGAAACAAAAUAGCUGGAUUUGUUACUCACUUGAUGAAGCGGUUGAAACACAGCCAAGUCAGAGGUAUCUCCAUCAAGCUCCAAGAAGAAGAGAGGGAACGCAGAGACAACUACGUACCAGAGGUUUCUGCUCUGGAACACGACAUCAUCGAGGUCGAUCCUGAAACCAAGGAGAUGUUGAAAAUGUUGGAAUUCAAUAACAUUACCGGAUUGCAAUUAACGCAACCGGUUACACAAUUUAGCAGACGUUCUUAAAGUUAUAUCUUUUUCAUUAAACGAAAUAGUUGGUCUUGCACUUUUUAAUAAAAUUGCAAACUGACGUGAUUCAA